CAUCUUCUUCUUCUUAUUCACAUGCUUCCAUCAUUUAUUCCUUUGAUAAAAAUGACAAAAUUCUCUCUGAAUUCUUUUUCUCUCUCUUCAAUUCCCAACAAUCAUGUGGCCCCAUGAUCUUAUUCCUCAUUUGUAAAUCAAAUCAAACCAUUAAUUCCAUCACCAAUUUAACAAUAUUCAUAAAUCCUCUGUUUUACUCUGUUUUCCCCUGUUUUCCUCUGUUUUUCCCCUGCACCACAAAUGCCCGGAACUCCGGAAAAAUCGAAACUAUUUCAGCCGUUGGACCACCGCGCAACAAGCGAGGUGAGCCGACGGGAGAUUCAAGCUGCCAUUGCUAAAGCAAUGGAGCUUAGAGCACUUCAUACUGCUCUGUUACAGAGUAAUAGCCCUUCGCAUCUUCGGUUGCCGCCUGCGGUGGUUUCGCCUGUUGUUCCGCGACAUGCUUCUCAUCACUCUGCUCAGGAUUACCCUGUUUUUACCCCUAGUUAUGAUGAUGUACCAAAAUAUCAAACUUCUCCAAGUUGUUGGGAUGAAUCUAGUCUAAAUGGAGAUUCAAGAUUCUUGUCUGAUUACAAACACCCAAACACAUCCUCAAGAAUCUUAUUGCCACCAGAACUAACCACCAUUCUCCGCGACGAUCACAACUCCGCCGCGAAUCUCCAACCGUCACCAGGAACCAACUUCUCGAGAUCAAGACGAAACAGCCUCGGCGAUUUCACAUCACUUUCAUCAUGCAACAACCACAAAACCACAAAUGGUAGCGAAAAUCGCAAGCACUCAAACUUGGUGGUGCCAAUGACUGAUACCCGUCCCUCGGUUCAAUCUCAUUCGAAACCCAAAUCGGGGGUGAGUCUUUCGUGGUUGUUCCGUGGAAUAAACAAGAAAAAACACAAAAAUGUAGAAAGUUCUCCAAACCGAGUAGUAGUAGAAUCGGAUGAAGCUUCGUUUAGAGUUAGAGAUUCGGGUAUGAAGGUGAUCGAGGCGUUGAAGAAAGAACUAACGGAAGCAAACGAGAGACGGGAUCAAGCGUUAACGGAGGUUUCGGGGAUGAAAUCUUCGGUGGGUGAGUUACAAGAAAAGUUGUUGUAUUUGGAAAACUAUUGUGAAGAGCUCAAGAAGGCUUUAGGUCAAGCAAUGUUACACGCGAAAGAUUCCGACGAUCCGCGAGCGACGAAUAGAACAAAACCCGUUGAUUUAAACAUCGAAAGCGUGUCGGUUAACAACGAAGCAAUGGUGGAAGGGUUUAUGCAAAUGGUGUCCGAAGCAAGAUCAUCCGUAAAACACUUUUGUAAAACUCUAGUCGCUCAAAUCGAUGAAGGCGAUACGGGUUUACUCGAGAACGUAAACGCGGUUCUUCAACCCCAUAAGCUUGUUCCAAACUCGAAAAUCUCGAAAGUGGCUUUAUGCCACUUGGAAGCCGUUAUAAACCAAUCGUUAUACCAAGAUUUCGAAAACUGCGUUUUUCAAAAGAACGGAAGCCCGAGGGUUCUAGACCCGCAACAAGAACGCCAAGCGCAAUUCUCGUCGUUUUGUGCGCUUAGAAACUUGAGUUGGAACGAGGUUUUGAGGAAGGGAACAAAGUAUUAUAGUGAGGAGUUUAGUAGGUUUUGUGAUCAGAAAAUGAGCGGAAUAGUUACGUCGUUGAACUGGACCCGACCCUGGCCCGAACCGUUGUUGCAAACGUUUUUCGUUGCGGCUAAGUGCAUAUGGUUGUUGCAUUUGUUAGCGUUUUCGUUUAGUCCGGCACUUGGGAUUUUGAGGGUGGAAGAUAAUCGAAGCUUUGAUGGUGCGUUUAUGGAGGACGUGUUUGUCGAUAGGCAACGGGCUCAGAACCCGACCCGAGUGAAGGUUAUGGUGAUGCCUGGUUUCUAUAUGCAAGAUAGGGUUUUAAGGUGCAAGGUUCUUUGUAGGUAUAAAACUACUAGUUGAAGUGACAAACACUAGUGUUAAUUUGUCCAUGUUUUGUUUUUUUUGUGAUUUAAAUUCUUGUGUUGUACUAAGAGCUGAUUGUGUUGUACCUUAGAUGCUAAUGUUAUUAACUCUAAUGUCAUGAGCUUGAAGAGGAUUAGAUGAAA